AUGUCUUCAGAAUCUACCCCUUUUGAUCUCAAUUCUGAUCAUACAUCACCAUAUUAUCUACACCCCAGUGAUGCUAGUUUCAUUCUUGUGUCUGAACCUUUCUCUGGAACCAAUUUUAACGAUUGGAAACGUGCUGUUGUCAUUGCCCUUUCUGCAAAGAACAAAUUAGCCUUUGUUGAUGGCUCCAUUCCUAAACCAGAACCCAAUUCACCUACAAUCAAAUGUUGGGAUAGAGUAAAUAACACUCUCAUGACUUGGUUCAUGAAAAUUCUUGAUCAACCUAUUGCAAGAAGUGUUCUACAUUUUCCCACUGCUUUUGAUAUCUGGAACAAUCUGCAUGAAAGGUUUGGACAAACAUCAGGCACACAAAUCUUUUCCAUCUUUCAACAGUUGGCUGAUACUGAGCAAGGUUAUGACUCUAUUUCCUCUUUCUAUACUAAACUUAAAAUCUUAUGGGAUGAACACGAUGCCAUACAACCCUUGCCUUCUUGUGUCUGUAAUGGCUGCACUUGCAGAAUCACUUCCAAGCUUCUAAAAAUACAAGAAGAACAAAGGCUUAUAAUUUUUCUAAUGAAACUUAGCUCCUCCUUUACACAAGUUAGAUCUAACCUGCUUAUGCAAUAUCCGCUGCCUGCUAUAAGCCAUGCUUACAGACUCUUAAUACAAGAGGAACAACAUAGACACUACUCUGAAUUUACAACUGAGACUCCUCACGCUUUCUUGGGCAACAACAGUGUCUAG